UUUUUAUUUUUGGGUUUUUUUUUUUUCUUUUGUCUAUGGCUUGUUCAACAAUUAAAUAUAGCUUUUAUACAUGCAUAUUCUUUAUUUAAUUAUACUAGUAAACAUGAUUUACACUGGUCACUUUCCGGUCAAGAUGCAUCCAGGCGUGCAAUUCAAUAUUGGAAGACCGUUAGUUGUUCGGUGGCCUGAAAAAGGUUCCAGGAUCAUCUCCGCCUCCUCCCUUUAUCACUCCUUUUCGUGUAACUAUUGCCGUUUCAUGUACAAUCCCUUUUUUAAGCCCUACCUACUGCCCUAUCUAAUUUGACUUUUCUCAUGGUCCAAAGCAAUUAUAUAGUUACGCGCCCUAUCUCCCCUUUCAUACGUAUAUUUAAUUUAAAUAAGAUCGCUACAUCUUUAAAUGAUGUGCUUGAAUAAAAAAACAAAAACAAAAAAGCUAAGCCCAAGAAGAAUUGACAUGUUUACUAAAAAUAUAACUAUG